AUUCUAGGAACUAUAUUUGGGAAAGAUAUUAAAGGUUCAACCUAUUGUGAAUUUUACAAUGAAACAUUGUGUGCAGAAUCCCAUCAAAACUGCUCAGAGAGAGAAGAAUGUGUUGUGCACGAUCCAGACAAGCGUAAUCAUUGUUACGUACUGUGGUCAGUCGACAAUGUUACUAAAAAAACAAUAAUUAAGUUGAAGGGUUGCUUUUUGGAUAGCAAUGAUUGUUAUGAUAAGUCGCAAUGCAUAGAGGAUAAUCCAGAAAGAAAAAAAGAUUUAUAUUUUUGUUGUUGCGAUGGUGAUAUGUGUAACCAAAACUUUUCUUGGAAUCCACAUCCGACUACAUCUUCUAAACCUACACAACCAUCUGUUAUUAAUGAAUCUGAUUCUAUAUCCAAUACAGAGAAGCAAGCAAUUACACUUAUAUUAUUGAUAUUAAUCCCUAUGCUUCUUACGUUUGGUUCACUUUCUUUGUGGUGGUUCUGUCGUCGUCGAAGAUUGACGUAUUUUAACGAGGUACCAACAUUAGAACCACUUCCAUUACCACAACCGUCACCUAAUUUAGGUUUACGUCCGAUACAACUUCUUGAGAUUAAAGCUCGAGGUCGUUUUGGAGCAGUUUGGAAAGCCCAAUUGAAAAAUGAGAUUGUGGCAGUUAAAGUUUUUCCCAUUCAAGACAAGCAGUCCUGGCAGACUGAACAAGAGAUUUUUAAGCUUGCACAUAUGGAUCACGAGGACAUACUACAUUUUAUAGGUGUCGAAAAGCGUGGAGACAAUUUACAAGCUGAGUUUUGGUUAAUCACAGCAUAUCAUGAGAAAGGUUCAUUGUGCGAUUACCUGAAAGCAAAUGUUGUAACAUGGCCUGAGAUGUGUAGAAUUGCAGAAUCUAUGGCAAGAGGUUUAAUGCAUUUACACGAAGAAAUCCCGGCUAAUAAAGCGGAUGGUUAUAAACCAGCUGUAGCUCAUAGGGAUUUUAAGUCAAAAAAUGUUUUGCUAAAGGCUGACAUGAGUGCCUGUAUAGCGGAUUUCGGCUUGGCGCUUAUUUUUCACCCAGGGAAACCUUGUGGCGAUACGCAUGGACAGGUUGGGACACGAAGAUACAUGGCACCAGAGGUUUUAGAAGGGGCAAUAAAUUUUACUAGAGAUUCAUUUUUACGGAUCGAUAUGUAUGCUUGUGGGCUAGUGCUAUGGGAAUUAGCUUCAAGAUGUACCGUACAAGAUGGACCAAUAGGAGAAUAUCGACUACCAUUUGAGGACGAAGUCGGCCUUCAUCCUACUCUAGAAGAUAUGCAAGAAAGCGUUGUUCAUAAAAAAGAAAGACCGCUCAUUUUAGAAACUUGGCGUAAACAUCCAGGACUUUUAUCAAUUUGUGAUACAAUGGAAGAAUGUUGGGAUCACGAUGCCGAAGCACGCCUUUCCGCUUCGUGCGUAGUAGAACGAGUUGCUACUCUCAGUAGGACUCUUGUAUUAAAUUCAUCUACUUUGAUUCGAGUUGAUAAUACCAACGAGAUUAUUACUACCAAGGAGUCUAGCAUGUAGUUAGCGUGUCUAUACAUUAUUAUAGUUUUAAUUCAAUGACACAACCACCAUGUUUUGUAUCAUAAUUUUGUUAUACAGUGGAUGAAAGGAAUAUUUGCACACUUUGUUUUCUCGGACUAACAUUAGAAACAAAAUGAGAAAUAUUGCUAAAAAAUGCUCUUUUAUACUGAGGCAGAAAAUAUAUAUUAUUAAAUAUUGUUAAAAAUAUUCUGUUUGUAUUGUUUUAUUAACAUUUAUAGACAUUUGUAGAAUAUUUUACAAGCUAUUUCAUAUUUCUUGUCUUAAUGUGCCAAGAUAAAUUAUAUCUUGUAAACUAUUUUUGAUGAAUCUACCUUAAUUUUUUAUUGCUUUAUAUAUAUAUAUAGCUUUUUAUCUAAAUAUAUCUAAUAAAGUAGCAUUUCUCUAUUUUGUAUUACAUUAUCCAAGAAAUAUGGAGUGUGCAAAUAUUUUUUUUUUACCCAUUGUUCAUAUCAAUGAGGAAUGUUGAAUAAUAGUAAAAAAAGACAAGCAUAUAUUUUUUCAAUCUUAUGUUUUCUUUUCUUCAUAUUUUUUUUUAUUGAGCUGUGUUAUUAAUCUUUCCUCUGAUCCUAUGUCAAUGGUCAUUAUUUAGGACUUUAUCAUUAUCUUAAUAAAAAUAUAUGAACCGUGCUAUAUUUUAUAUUUUUUAGUGUCUGGUGCAGUGGUAAUAGGUUCAUUAAUGUUAAAUAUUAAAAAAAAUUGUUUUUGAAUUAAAAGAUACUACAAGACACGAUAUAAACAAGGUAUUACAAAUAAUUGCAAGGUAAACAACAAAAGUUAAAUAUGAAAUCACAAUUAUCUAUUUACUAUAUUAUAUCACGAUAUUAUAUUUUGUAUAUAUGAAUGUCUCUCUCUUUGAAAAACGUAAAUGAAAAAAGCAUGAUAUAUUUAGAUUUCUUAUCGAUUAUUGCAACAACUUUUAGACGACAUUGUAAGAAUAUAUAAAAUAUUAUUUUUUACUUCCAUUUAAUCAUUAAUUUGUAGAUUACAUUUUUAGAAUAUUUUAUGAAGAUUUGAUAUAUUUACCUGUUCACUCGCAUUUUUAAAAUAAAAAUUCGGCAGCGACCUGUGAUUCGCUGGCUACCCACACAGUAAAAGAAAAAAAUCUGCGUGGUUUUGCAUUGACAUAUCUUGGAAAAUCGUAAUAUUUUUUAGAAAGAGAGAGAGAGAAAGAAAGCAUAAGAUAUCUAGAGUAUAUUUUUAAAAUAUGCUAAUGUAAUCACUGCCGUAUUAUGUAUAUUAUAUAAUGAUGUAUAUAUAUAUUUUUUACUAUACGUCUAAAAUAUUCUCGGGAUGUUGCACGGAUUUUUUCUUUAUUAUUUUUACACAUUUCUUAUUUUUAGAUAUCCUCUUAAAAUAUAUUAAGAUACCUUCUGAACAUCUCGUGGAUCAGAAUAUACUUCAGAGAUAUAUUUAUUAUAAUAAACUAGUAAUAUAUUCGUAAGAAAAUAUUGCGAUAUGUUUUUAACAAGAUGAUUUUAAUAUCUUUAUCACGCAGAUUUUUAUUGCUGUAUGGGUAGACGACUGUAUCAUAUAAAUUUUUAUAAUUAGAAAGCAAAAUUUGUUUUCACAGCGAAUAAUACAUACAAUUGGAAUUGCAA